UCCAUUUCAAGGUAGUCGAAUUCGCCCCAAAAGCUGUUUGUGAGUGAGAGAAAAUCUGCCAAUCACACCGUGCGCCUGUUCUGUCCGUCUCUGAGCUGCUCGUGUCCCCACUUGCACCCCCUUUACACCGCACACUAUUUCUCCCCGAUCCAGAAAACACUUCACAAAUCUCGCCAAACAAAUCCAUCACCUUUUUCUUUGUGCUCACCAAAAAGCUGUAGCCCUGCUUUUACCGUUGAUUGCCAUCACUAAGAUAGUGUUAGCUGUUAACCGUUAUACUCACUGCUAGGAACUGUUUAUUAUUCCCUUCUGUCAAGUUUUCAGUUGAUUCUACUACUCUUAGUAUUAUUGCUGAGAAUUCGUGAUUUUCCAUUAGAAUUACAUUUGUUAUUCGGUUCUAGACUAAGGCCGAUACAAUCUUUACCUCGCCGUUAAGAAAAUGGAAUCUGUUCUCGACUUCUCGAAGGAGCUAGAUAUCGCUCUCUUCGACCAGAUCGUCGAUUCCUUCUACAAGGGCUCUGGAGCUGAUCAGAAAAAUGCCCAGGCCAUCUUGAACCAGUUCCAGGAAAACCCAGAGUCCUGGAAACGUGCUGAUCAGAUUCUUUCUUCGUCUAACAAUGCUCAGUCUAAGUACAUUGCCUUGUCGUGUUUGAAUAAGUUGAUCCAAUAUCGGUGGAAAACAAUCCCCGAAAACGAACGUAUCGGAAUCAGAAACUUCAUUGUCAAUAUGAUCAUUACUUUAUGUGACAACGAAGAGGUUUUUGAAACUCAGCGUGCCUUGAUUAACAAGAUCGAUUUAACAUUGGUUUCCAUCUUGAAACAGGAAUGGCCACACAACUGGCCCCAGUUCAUCCCGGAAAUCGUUUUGAGCUCACGCUCCAGUUUCAACGUCUGUGAAAAUAACAUGAUAAUCCUUAAGUUGUUGAGUGAAGAAGUCUUUGACUACAGUCAAGACCAGUUGACUCAAGCUAAGGCUCAAGCCUUGAAAACGUCUAUGAGAGCCGAAUUCGAAGAAAUCUUCAAAUUGUGUUACGAAGUGUUAGACAAAACCUCUAAACCAUCAUUGAUCACCUCUACUUUGAAUGCGUUGUUGAAGUAUAUCCACUGGAUUCCUUCUAACUACAUCUUCCAAACUAACUUGUUGGAUUUGCUUUCCACCAAGUUCUUGGCUCCAGCCGAUACCAGAGCGAUUGCCCUUAAAUGUUUGACGGAAGUGGCCAGUUUACAAUCGCCAGGAAACGAAGAAAAAUUCGUCUUGUUAUUCAAGAACUCCAUGGAGCAAAUCUACAAUAUCAUACCUACCACUACAAACUUGAAAGAAUCGUACCAAGUAGCCAGUUCCAACGAUCAGUCGUUCUUACAAGAUUUGGCCAUGUUCUUGUGCACCUUCUUGGGAAACCACUUGAUACCAUUAGAGCAAAAUGACUCUUUAAGGGACUUGUUAUUAAAUUCAUUAUUUUAUUUGCUAGAGUUGUCGAGAAUUGAAGAACGAGAAUUGUUCAAGACCUGUUUAGACUUCUGGAGUUCGUUUGUUCAUGAAUUAUUUAUUGAGAUACAAAACUUACCCAAGUCGGAAUUGACUCCAAUGUUACAACUCCAAUACGGUAGUACAUUAAAGACUUCUGGUGGAGCUCCAGAUCCAGCAGCCUUAGCCAAGUUCCCAUUGAGACAACACAAGUACGCCAAAAUCUUGUCCAAGUUGAGAUUAGUAAUUAUUGAGAACAUGGUCAGACCAGAAGAAGUCUUAGUUGUGGAAAAUGACGAAGGUGAGAUUGUCCGUGAAUUCGUCAAAGAGAGUGAUACGAUCCAAUUGUACAAAUCUAUGAGAGAAGUUUUGGUUUAUUUGACCCAUUUGAAUGUUGUUGACACUGAACAGAUCAUGAGCGAAAAGUUAGCAAGACAAAUCGAUGAAAGCGAAUGGUCUUGGCAAAACAUCAAUACCUUGUGUUGGGCUAUUGGUUCCAUUUCGGGUACAAUGAAUGAAGAUAUGGAAAAGAGAUUCUUGGUCUCUGUGAUCAAAGAUUUAUUGUCGUUGACCGAAAUGAAAAGAGGUAAAGACAACAAGGCAGUCGUAGCUUCUAACAUUAUGUAUAUUGUUGGUCAAUACCCUCGUUUUUUGAAAGCCCACUGGAAGUUCUUAAAGACAGUUGUCAACAAAUUGUUUGAAUUCAUGCACGAAACCCACGAAGGUGUGCAAGACAUGGCUUGUGAUACUUUUAUCAAGAUCACCACCAAAUGUAAGAAGCAUUUCGUGGCAGUACAACAACAGGAGCGUGAAGCAUUCAUCAAUGAAAUUAUCCGCAACAUCCAAUCUAUCACAGAAGAUUUACAACCUCAACAAGUUCACACAUUCUACGAAGCUUGUGGUAUUAUUGUCAGUGCUCAAACACAGAAAGAUGCCAGAGACAAAUUGUUAGGAGAGUUGAUGGCAUUGCCUAAUAUGGCUUGGAGCUCUAUUAUUCAACAGGCUGGACAAGACCCACAAUUAUUGACUAAUACUGAUACCGUCAAGAUCAUUGCCAACAUCAUCAAGACUAACGUCGCUGUCUGCAAGGCAUUGGGACCUGGAUUCUACUCACAAUUGGGAUUGAUGUACGUGGAUAUGUUGUCCUUGUACAAGGCAGUUUCGUCCAUGAUUUCAGACUCCGUAGCAAAGGACGGAUUGAUUGCUACCAAGACGCCAAAGGUAAGAGGUUUGAGAACCAUCAAGAAGGAAAUUUUGAAGAUGAUUGAAACCUAUAUCAAUCAGGCAGACAACUUGGAAGAAAUUGUUCGCGACUUGGCCCAGCCAUUGUUUGCUGCAGUUUUGGAAGACUACAGUAGCAACGUUCCUGAUGCAAGAGACGCUGAAGUGUUGAACUGUAUGACGGCACUUGUUUCCAAGGUUGGCCAUAUGAUUCCAGAAGGUGUUGUUCUUAUUUUACAAAACAUUUUUGAAUGUACAUUGGAUAUGAUCAAGAAUGAUUUUGUUGAAUACCCAGAACACAGAGUAGAGUUCUACAAGUUGUUGAAGGAAAUCAACUCCAAGUCAUUCCAAGCUUUGCUUCAAUUAUCAGGUGAUGCUUUCCAAUCGCUAAUCAAUGCAGCAUUGUGGGCAUUUAAACACAACAAUCGUGACGUCGAAGACAACGGUUUAUCAUUGACAUUGGAGUUGAUUGAAAAUGUCGAAAAAUUGGGUGAUACUCCUUUCACAAAGGCAUUUUACACAAACUUCUACUUCCAAAUCUUGUCUGAUACACUUUACGUCUUUACUCAACCUGACCACAAGGCCGGAUUUAGAUAUCAAUCACAAUUAUUGGCUCAAUUGAUCCAUCUUGUCCAGGAUGAUGUGAUUAAGUACCCUUUGUACACCUCUGAACAAGCCCCCGAAGGUACUUCUAAUUCUGCAUACUUGAAGCAAUACCUUGCACAACUUUUAGCAUCUGCAUUUCAAAACUUGCAGAAGGAGCAAUUGGUCAACUUCCUUCAAGUUUUGACGACAGUCUACAAUGACAUAUAUAAAUUCAAGGCUACUUUGAGAGACUUCUUGGUGCAAUUGAAGGAAUUCGGAGGUGACCCAACAGACUACUUGUUUGCUGAAGAUAAAGAGAUCGAAAGACAAGAGCAAAAUAGACUUCAAAGACAGAAAGAUUUGCAAGUCGGUGGGUUGAUCAAACCAUCCGAAAUGGACGACGAUGAAUUAUAGAAUUCCUUGCCAAAAAUUCUCUAUCUGCCAUCCACCCUGUAUCAAUAGUUAAUUGCAUAAUGUUAGGUAUACUAACAUUUCAACCCGUCCCACCUCCACUACAACUUCUUUAACUCAUGGAUAGAAAUUUGGGGGGUGUACUUUUUUUGUCUUCCCAAGUAGGGGAAGCUGAUAUUAUUUUUGAAUAUUCUAAAUCUUUAUCUUUGAUUAUGGAGAUGGGAAACCGUCUAUACCAUUCUUGGUUCCGUCACAGAUUAUUACACUAAUAUUAUAAAUAAAUAAAUAUAAAUAAAUAAAUGAAAUAAGUUU